GGAGGGCCCCGGAGCGGCAGCGCUCGAGGGAGGGAGCGAGGGAGGGAGGGCGAGAAGGAGGGAGGGAGGGAAGGAGGGCGGGUGGCGGCGGCGGCUGUGGCCGGGGCUUCCCUCCCCCGGCGGGAGGCGGCUGCCCUGCGUCUGUGGCCGUGGGGAGCCGAGAAGCAGGUAACGAAGGCGCUUCCCGAGGCGGGACUGGACCGAGCCGGCGGACCGAGUCCUAUGGGUCUCUGCCUGAGGCCCUGGCGGGAGAGAAGCGGGGGCUCAACCCCUAGACCUCCAGAAAUGACGUCAGAAUCAUUUGCAUCCUGCUGCCUCUACCUGCCCGGUCCAGCUGGGACCCUGCCUUGCCUGCCCCAUGGCCAGAGGGUUGGAGGGGCGCUGCCCCACCGUGACCUAUGCAGACUGAAACACGAUCGCCACGUAUGGAGACCACUGGAAAGCUCUGGAGCCAAGGCCCGUGGGGCCGGCCCACUGGAGGCCGAAGAGGAGACGCUGGGUGGGGGCUGAAGCACAGACUUCCGAUAGCCUCCCAGUGCCCAGGCUCUGGAGGGGAAGCUGGGAGCUUCCCAUCUCCUCUUGCAGGGGAGGGUUGUCAGUUUGGCGGGGUGUGCACUGGGGGGCACCCCAGCCCCUGCCAGGCAUGCCCCCAUCAUCUCCCCCCAGCAGCAGCACCACCACACACACAAAAAAUUGGAUACAUUUUGAAUAAAGCGAUUCGGUUCCUUAUCCGGGGACUGGGUUGCUCCGUGUGAUUGGCCGGCGGAGUCACAUGGUGAAAGUAACUUUACAGGGUCGCUAGCUAGUAGGAGGGCUUUAUGGAGCAGAAAAACGACAAAGCGAGAAAAAUUAUUUUCCACUCCAGAAAUUAAUGAUCAUGAGCUCGUAUUUGAUGGACUCUAACUACAUCGAUCCGAAAUUUCCUCCAUGCGAAGAAUAUUCGCAAAAUAGCUACAUCCCUGAACACAGUCCGGAAUAUUACGGCCGGACCAGGGAAUCGGGAUUCCAGCAUCAUCACCAGGAGCUGUACCCACCACCGCCUCCGCGCCCUAGCUACCCUGAGCGCCAGUAUAGCUGCACCAGUCUCCAGGGGCCGGGCAAUUCGCGAGGCCACGGGCCGGCCCAGGCGGGCCACCACCACCCCGAGAAAUCGCAGCCGCUCUGCGAGCCGGCGCCUCUCUCAGGCGCCUCUACCUCCCCGUCCCCAGCCCCGCCAGCCUGCAGCCAGCCAGCCCCAGACCAUCCCUCCAGCGCCGCCAGCAAGCAACCCAUAGUCUACCCAUGGAUGAAAAAAAUUCACGUUAGCACGGUGAACCCCAAUUAUAACGGAGGGGAGCCCAAGCGCUCGAGGACAGCCUACACCCGGCAGCAAGUCCUGGAAUUAGAGAAAGAGUUUCAUUACAACCGCUACCUGACCCGGAGGAGAAGGAUCGAGAUCGCCCACUCGCUGUGCCUCUCUGAGAGGCAGAUUAAAAUCUGGUUCCAAAACCGUCGCAUGAAAUGGAAGAAGGACCACCGACUCCCCAACACCAAAGUCAGGUCAGCGCCCCCGGCCGGCGCUGGGCCCAGCACCCUCUCGGCAUCCACCCCGGGCACUUCUGAAGACCACUCCCAGAGCGCCACGCCGCCGGAGCAGCAACGGGCAGAGGACAUUACCAGGUUAUAAAACAUAACUCACGCCCCUGCCCCCACCCCACGCCCCAUCCUCCCCCCCCCCGCACACAAAUUGACUCUUAUUUAUAGAAUUUAAUAUAUAUAUAUAUUUUUUGGUUCUUUUCUCUCUUCCUCCCGCUUCCUCCCUCCUCAAUUCCAAAUAGACAAAACAGAUAAACAAGCCCCCUUCCUUCUCUCCCUUCCACUGUUAAGGACCCUUUUAAGCAUGUGAUGUUGUCUUAGCAUGGUACCUGUUGGGUUUUUUUUUUUUAAAGGCCAUUGGGGGGGUAAUUUAUUUUUUAAGAAAAAUGCUGGAAAAAAUAUAUAUUGCAAGGUUGGAUGGUCUGGUUUGGGUAAAUUUCAGGGGAGAUGAGAAAAGAAAAAAGGAAAGGGAGAUUUUAAAGCUAAUUCUCAUCAUUCUCUUCCUCCUCCCCCCUCUUUCCUUCACUUUUGCAUUGAAAAUGCACCAGGGGAGGUUAGUGAGGGGGAAGUCGUUUUAAGGAGAACAAAGCUAUGAAGUUCUUUUGUAUUAUUGUGGGGGGGUGGGAGGAGGGGGGAGGAUAGCAGACAAAGCUAAAUGCAUCUGGAGAGCUUCGCAGAGCUGUUCAGUUUGAGAAGCCAAAAGAAAAUCCAAAUGAACUUUAAGUUCAGAGAGGCAGUCUAUAGGUAGAAUCUCCCCUCACUCCCAUCAUGGUUAUUGUGUUUUUGGACUGAAUUUACUUGAUUAUUGUAAAACUUGCAAUAAAGAAUUUUAGUGUCGGUGUGAAAUGCCCCGUGAUCAAUAAUAAACCAGUGGAUGUGAAUUAGUUUUA